UGGCUUCUGAGAUCCCCUUGCUCCUUGAAGUUCUCUGAGGUUAAGUAGGACUGUCCAUCCUGGGGCCAUGCUGAACUGGGGUCCUUUCGUCUGAGGUUACACUUGGCAUGAUGCUGCGUUGGCGCCUUCAAUGGUACCCCCCGCCCCCCAACACACACCCAUAGGCUGACUUCCGCUGAGCUGGGCUGAGCUACAGCUUCCCCUCCACUGUUCCAGGAAGUCACCUCCCUUCCCCUCUGAAGCGCCCCCGUUCCUCCUGUCCUCCGCUGCACGCCACCCAUCAAGCUCUUUCCUAGCUUCUGCACCUGGGGCUCCCCAGGGCCCUUAGGCUCCCACUCUCGGGUUGGCCAUGGAGGCAGAUGCAGUGAGUGAGGGGGGGGCCAUGGCCGAGGAGCGGCCCCCCCGGCUGGUGGAUUACUUCGUGAUCGCCGGGCUUGCGGGGAGCGGAGCACCCAUUCCCGAGGAGACCCGGGUUCCUGAGCCCAGUGGGCCCCUGCGCCCGCCCCGGCCGGCUGAGCCCAUCACCGACGUGGCAGUCAUCGCUCGGGCGCUGGGCGAGGAGGUGCCCCAGGGCUACACCUGCAUCCAGGCCUCCGUGGGGGGCCACCCCUUGGAACUCAGUGCUGGGCUCCUGAGUGGAACUCAGCCUGUCAUCUGCUACCGCAGGGGCCGUGACAAGCCGCCCCUCGUGGAGCUCGGGGUGUUGUAUGAGGGGAAGGAACGUCCCAAGCCUGGUUUCCAAGUACUAGACACGACACCCUACAGCCACUCCGCCAACCUGGCCCCUGCAGGCCCUGGGCACCCCCGCACCUACCUCACUUACCGGCGGGCAGCAGAGGGGGCAGGGCUGCAUGCCUUGGGCAUCACUGACCUCUGCCUGGUGCUGCCCAGCAAGGGUGAGGGCACUCCUCAUACUUACUGCCGGCUGCCCCGCAACCUCAACCCGGGCAUGUGGGGCCCAGCAGUGUACCUGUGCUACAAGGUGGGCCUGGCCAAGGCCAACACGCUUGUGUAUGAGGCAGAGCUGCUGGGCCGCUACCCAGAGGAGGACAAUGAGACAUUUCCGCUGCCCGAGUCGGUGCCCGUCUUCUGCCUACCCAUGGGGGCCACUAUCGAGUGCUGGCCGGCCGAGACCAAGUACCCGGUGCCUGUCUUCUCCACCUUCGUGUUGACGGGUGCAGCUGGUAAUAAGGUGUACGGUGCGGCCCUGCAGUUCUACGAGGCGUUCCCGAGGGCCAGGCUGUCGGAGCGGCAGUCACGGGCCCUGGGCCUGCUGAGCGCGGUGGAGCGAGGCCGGCCGCUUGGGGGCCGCGCGGUGCGCAGCCGGCGCGCCAUCGCCGUGCUGUCCCGCUGGCCUGCCUUCUCUGCCUUCCGCGCCUUCCUCACCUUCCUUUACCGCUACUCCGUCUCAGGCCCCCACCGCCUGCCCUUGGAAGCGCACAUCUCCCACUUCAUUCACAACGUCCCCUUCCCUUCCCCACAGAGACCCCGCAUCCUGGUGCAGAUGUCUCCCUACGACAACCUGCUCCUCUGCCAGCCUGUAUCCUCACCCCUGCCCCUCAGUGGUGCCAGCUUCCUGCAGCUGCUGCAGAACCUGGGCCCUGAGCUGGCCGUCACGUUGCUGCUGGCUGUGCUCACAGAGCACAAACUCCUAGUCCACUCGCUGCGGCCGGACCUGCUCACCAGCGUCUGUGAGGCCCUCGUCUCUAUGAUCUUCCCGCUGCACUGGCAGUGCCCCUACAUUCCCCUGUGCCCGCUGGCGCUGGCUGACGUGCUGAGCGCCCCCGUGCCCUUCAUUGUGGGCAUCCACUCCAGCUACUUCGAUCUGCACGACCCACCUUCUGAUGUCAUCUGUGUUGAUCUGGACACCAACACCCUCUUCCAGACGGAGGAGAAGAAGCCCCUCACCCCGCGGACCCUGCCCCGCAGACCCUACAAGGUUCUGCUGGCUACACUGACAACCCUGCAUCAGCAGCUGGAUCAGACAUACACCGGGCCCGAGGAGGAGGCAUCCCUGGAGUUCCUGCUGACAGACUACGAGGCCGUGUGUGGCCGCCGGGACCGGCUGGAGCGCGAAGUCCAGGGGGCCUUUCUCCGCUUCAUGGCCUGCCUGCUCAAGGGCUACCGGGACUUCCUGCGUCCACUCACCAAGGCGCCCUCUGAGGGGGCGCGCGAUGUCGACAACCUCUUCUACCUGCAGGGUUUCCUCAAGUCCCGGGAACGCUCCAGCCACAAGCUGUACUCGCAGCUGCUGCACACGCAGAUGUUCUCGCAGUUCAUCGAGGAAUGCUCCUUUGGCUCUGCCCGGCACGCUGCCCUCGAAUUCUUUGACUCUUGCGUUGAUAAGGUCCACCCAGAGCAGGAGAAGCCCGAGGCGACGCCCUUGGUGGAGCUGGAGGAGCUGUCGGGAAGUGAGCUCACUGUCUUCAUCACGCCUCCCGAGGAGCCCCCGGUGCCCGAGGGCAGCGAACCCACUCCCCAGUACUGCUACGAUGGAUUUCCAGAGCUACGGGCUGAGCUGUUUGAAUCUCCCCAGGAGCAAACUGGGGCUCUGCCUGUGCCCGGCCCGGCCCGGAGUGCCCCGAGCAGUCCUGCUCCUCGCCGUACCAAACAGGAGAUGAAGGUCGCACAGCGGAUGGCGCAGAAGUCUGCGGCGGUGCCUGAGCUGUGGGCCCGGUGCCUGCUGGGGCACUGCUACGGGCUCUGGUUCCUGUGUCUGCCUGCCUACGUGCAGUCAGCGCCCUCCCGGGUGCAGGCACUGCACACGGCCUACCACGUGCUGCGCCAGAUGGAGCACCACAAGGUGGUGCUGCCCGAUGAGGUGUGUUACCGGGUGCUGAUGCAGCUGUGCUCGCACUAUGGGCAGCCUGUGCUGUCUGUGCGGGUCAUGCUGGAGAUGCGGCAGGCAGGCAUUGUGCCCAACACGAUCACUUACGGCUACUACAACAAGGCUGUGCUGGAGAGUAAGUGGCCAUCUGGUACACCUGGUGGGCGCCUGCGCUGGGCCAAGCUUCGGAACAUUGUCCUGGGGGCUGCUCAGUUCCGCCAGCCCUUGAAGGAACGGUGGCAGCAGCAGCAGCAGCAGCAGCAGCAGCAGCAGCAGCAGCAGCAGGCGGCAGCACAGGAGGCAGGCAGCUCCCAGACAGAGCCCUGCCUGGAGCGCCCCUCCCCUACCCGCCCCCUUCAGCGCCAGACUACUUGGGCUGGGCGCAGCCUGCGGGACCUGGCCUCACCCAAGGGGCGCCUGUUGAAGAGUGGCAGCCUGGGCAGUGCCCGAGAGGCACAACCCACGGUGGAGGCUGGCGUGGCCCACAUGAUGGAGGCCUUGGGGGUACUGGAGUCCCGGGCAUCACCUGUGCCCUGGCAUGAUGGAAGCCUCUCAGACCUGAGCCUGCCUGGGGAGGACCUGGCAGCUGGAGGCAGCCCAGGGGACUCGGGCUCCGCCCUGAGUACCCAGUCCACUGAAGUCGUGGAAGGGCUAAGUGAGCGUGUGCCCAAGGCUAGUGGGCAUCAGGAUGAGAGCAGCACCCCCCGGCGAGGGCUGGGUGCCCGCCUCCAACAGCUGCUCACUCCUUCCCGCCGCCGCUCCUCUGUCUCUCGCAUUCCCCCACCUGAGCUGCCCCCCGACCUGCCUCCCCCAGCCCACCGCAGCCCCAUGGAUGGCCUUCUGCACCCCCGGGAGCGCCCUGGAUCCACUGCCUCUGAGAGCUCAGCCUCUCUGGGCAGUGAGUGGGACCUCUCAGAAUCUUCUGUCAGCAGCCUGAGCCUUCGCCGUUCCUCAGAGCGCCUCACCGAAACCCCCGGGACCUCCCAGCCACCUUCCCUGGAAAUUCUGCUGUCCAGCUGCUCCCUGUGCCGUGCCUGUGACUCGCUGGUAUACGAUGAGGAGAUUAUGGCCGGCUGGGCACCUGACGACUCCAACCUCAACACCACCUGCCCCUUCUGCGCUUGCCCCUUCGUGCCCCUGCUCAGUGUCCAGACUGUUGAUUCCCGACCCAGUGCCCCCAGCCCCAAGCCUGCCCCUGCUGGUGCCAGCGGCAGCAAAGAUGCUCCUGUCCCAGGGGGCCCAGGCCCUGUGCUCAGUGACCGCAGGCUCUGCCUUGCCCUGGAUGAGCCCCAGCUCUGCAACGGGCACAUGGGGGGUGCCUCCCAGCGAGUCGAGGGUGGGGCGUGGGCAUACCUGAGCCCCCUGGUGCUGCGUAAGGAGCUGGAGUCGCUGGUAGAGAACGAGGGCAGUGAAGUGCUGGCCUUGCCUGAGCUGCCUGCUGCCCACCCCAUCAUCUUCUGGAACCUCCUGUGGUAUUUCCAGAGGCUGCGCCUGCCCAGUAUUUUGCCAUGCCUGGUGCUCGCCUCCUGCAAUGGUCCCCCACCCCCCCAGGCCCCAUCUCCUUGUCUAGUGCCUGACCCAGCCUCUGUGCAGGUGCGCCUGCUGUGGGAUGUUCUGACCCCUGACCCCAAUAGCUGCCCCCCUCUCUAUGUGCUCUGGAGGGUCCACAGCCAGAUCCCCCAGCGGGUGGCAUGGCCAGGCCCCGUACCUCCAUCCCUGAGCCUGCAUUUGCUGGAGUCGGUGCUGCGUUAUGUUGGUCUUGACGAGGUGCACAAGGCUAUAGGGCUCCUGCUAGAAAUUUUAGGGCCCCCUCCUACAGGCCUGCACCUGCAGAGGGGCAUCUACCGUGAGAUCUAUUUCCUGACGAUAGCUGCUUUGGGCAAGGACCACAUGAAAGCAGUGCACUUCGAUAAGCGGUACAAGUCUGCCUUUAACAAGCUGGCCAGCAGCAUGGGCAAGGAGGAGCUGAGGCAGCGGCGGGCACAGAUGCCCACCCCGAAGGCCCUUGAUUGCCGAAAAUGUUUCGGAGCAUUUCUGGAAUGCUAGGGACCCUGAAGCUUCCCCCUCCAGCCUGGAGUGGGGAGGUGGAGGAGAAAGGAUUCUAGCGAUCAUCUGCUUCCCUGUUCCUUUCAUAGAGGAGUUGGGAAACGGGCCAGGAGACAUGCCCCAGCCAUAGGCUCCAAGUGGGGACAGCGGGAAGGGGGACCCAGUAUUACCAAAAGUCACAGUUCGCUGUCUCCCACCUGCCCAACGCGCUCAUGCUGACAUUGGAGGAGGCCUGGGGACAUUUGGCACAGCUCUGUUUCUCCCCAUCCUAUACUAGGAGCUCCCCUCCAGUUACCCACAGGUCUGCUCUACCCCCGGUCAUUUUAUAAGUUUUUGUUUUAAAAAACAACUGGAAAGAUACAGAGCCACUGAGCCUUUGCCUUGAAUGGGAGGGAGGGUCAUCAUUCCCCAUCAAGGAUGGCCCCCCUUCGCUAGAAUUGCUGAAGGAGUCCAAGGCUCUCCAUGCCUUUCUACCUUAGCAUUUGUAUUUUAUUUUAAGUUAUUUAUUCUGGAGCCACAGCCCCCUUGCGUAUGAAGUUAUUAUGGAUGGUGAAAAAGAGAAGGGGAAUGGGGUCCUACGGUGCAGUGCUUUGUAGCACCUUAAAUUUCCAGAGGUGGGAACUGGAGGAGUCCCAGGGUCUCCUCAGGAAGUACUGAUGCCCCCUCUAAGUCCUAAUCCUUCUUGUCCUCUCCACCUGGGGACAAGUGCGUCACCCCCCAGGGCCCUGACUGUGCAAUGAGGAUUGUUCCUUGCGAAGUUUUGUUGGAUGUAAAUAUAGUAAAAGCUGCUUCUGUUUUUUUU